AUGGCAUUCAAGCGACUAGUCAGGGUCUCCGAAGGGGGUCAAACUUUCUACGGAGAUUUGAUCAGCUCUAAUGGCUCAAACUACACAGUGAAGAAGCUAUUAGGGACCUCUUUCGAAGCUCUCCGAGAAACAGAGACUGUCGUGCAAACCAACAAGUUGCUGUGUCCCAUUGAGAGAUCUCCCUUGGUUAUUUGCAUCGGUCUCAACUACAGAACUCACGCAGAAGAAGCCAAACUCGCCAUACCCAAAUACCCAGCCGUCUUCACCAAGCCUGCAGACGCGCUCGCAGGUCCAUUCGACACCGUCUACACUCACCCUGAUACCCGCGAGCUGCUGGACUACGAAGGCGAACUAGUCAUUGUUAUUGGCAAAGACGCCAAAAAUGUGUCAGAAGCAGAUGCCUUGGACUACGUCCUGGGAUUUACUGCUGGCAAUGACGUGUCAGCCCGCAACUUCCAGCUCCCAGAAGUAUCUGGCGGUCAAUUCUGCUACGCGAAAUCGUUUGAUGGCUUUGCUCCCAUCGGUCACACGCUUACCGCCCCUUCGGAACUGAGCAAUCCUCUCGCUGUGCGGCUGACUACCAAGGUCAAUGGGGUGAUUAAGCAGGAUUCCAAUACAAAUGACUUGAUCUUCAAUGUCGGUCAGAUUAUAAGCCACUUGUCGCGGGGGACGACGCUGCGCAAAGGUACGGUGAUUAUGACGGGAACGCCAGCUGGAGUUGGGUACUUUCGAAAAGAGUUCCUCAAGGAUGGAGAUGUUGUGGAAGUUGAGAUUGAGGGCGUGGGCAUGGUUCGGAAUACGAUUUCGUUUUCAGAGGGUUGA